AUGGCAGAAAUGGCAGACUCUCAGAAACAAAAUGAAUAUGCUAAAAGUUUUAUGAAUAAUUAUGUUAACUUUUAUGGUCGAAAGAACAAUCAGGAAAUGACAGCUAGUGCGGAAAAAGGAUACAAAAAAUUAACAUGGGAACAACGGCUUGCAAAAAAGUAUUAUGAUAAAUUAUUUAAAGAAUAUUGCAUAGCUGAAUUGAAAUUUUAUAAAGAAGGCAAGAUUGCGUUACGAUGGAGAACCGAAAAAGAAGUUAUAAUAGGCAAAGGACAAUUAACUUGUGCCUCAACAAGAUGUUCAGAAAAAGUUGAUCUAAAGUCUUGGGAAGUUAAUUUUGCUUAUAUAGAAGAUGAGCAAAAAAAAAAUGCCUUAGUAAAGAUUCGACUUUGCCCAAAAUGCUCUUACAAAUUGAAUUAUAACAAGGUUCAUCAAGAAGUGAAAAAGGAAGAAACAUCAGAGGUCGAAGAUAAUGAACAGCAUAAGCAUGAAAAACGAAAAGAAAAGUCAUAUGAUAGUCUUAACAAGCAAAAAGGAAAAUCUAAUGUGAAGGGAAAUACUCAACAAGAUGAGGAGUUUGAUAAAUACUUCUCUGGGUUAUUCGAUUAG